CCCUGAGUCUGACGAGAGUCUGGCGGCUUUCUUACAGAGAGGCAGCGGCGGCGGAGAUGGACUCACACCUCUGAUUACUGCUCAUCCUCCUGUCAGCUUUUCUCGCAGAUCUGGAACGGCUACAUUUCACAGACGGGAUUUUUGUUGGUUCUGGACGGACAGACUGCAGCCACCUGAACGCAGGAAGGAAAGAUUUUUAGUUACAUUCCGACGCUCAGUUCUGUGGUCUCACCUGUACUGCCGGUGGGGAGACUCGCUGCGAUCAUAAUGCAUCCGAAUAAGUGCUUACCUGAACUGAUGGCCGAGAAAAACAGCCUGGACCCUUCUUUUGUUCAUGCGGUUCGGCUUCUAGCAGAGGAGAUUGGGAAAUAUGAAGGUGAUGAGCUGAAAAAAGACGCGGACACAAAGAAAUACCUUGAUAUUAUCAGCAAUAAAAACAUCAAGCUCUCUGAAAGAGUUCUUAUUCCUAUCCAACAGUAUCCAAAGUUUAACUUUGUAGGGAAGCUGCUUGGACCGCGAGGGAACUCUAUGAAAAGAUUACAAGAGGAGACAGGAGUGAAGAUGUCCAUCCUUGGCAAAGGAUCCAUGAGGGAUAAAGAAAAAGAAGAAGAAUUACGGAAAAGCGGGGAGGCCAAAUACGCCCACCUGUGUAAUGAUUUACACGUUUUAAUUGAAGUCUUCGCUCCACCAGGAGAGGCCUAUUCCCGCAUGAGUCAUGCCUUGGAGGAAAUAAAAAAAUUUCUUGUUCCAGACUACAAUGAUGAGAUCAGGCAAGAGCAGCUGAGAGAGUUAUCCCUGCUGAACGGAUCAGACGAGUCGAGCAGAGGGAGGAGCAUACAGGGGAGGAGCCUAAGGACAACAACAACAGCAUCCACAAUUGCACUGCUACCUAGAGGAGGAUGUGCCAGAGGGAAGGAAGGUGUUCUAUCCCACCUACGGGAGAACGUUAAAAAGGGCCAUGGAGGUGCAAGCAGAAGAGCAGCAACACCACGAGGGACAGCCGCAGUCACACACAGCAAACUUCCCAAAACUGCUCUGACGAGGGACUUGCAAGCUCCAAGGAUCAGGGGGGCAGCAGCAAACGCCGGAUACAGGCCCCCACUGUUAGCAGUCACACAUGAAUCAUAUGAUGACUAUGGCUAUGAAGACGGAUAUGAUGAAGAAUAUGAAGAUGAGACUUAUGAAACCUAUGAUGAAAACUACAGCACUCGGACAAAGAGCAUUUCAGAAUAUUAUGAACAUGGACACGGAACCAGUGAUGAAUCAUACAACAGCUAUGAAGAAGAGUGGACAAGCCCCAGACCCAUUCUCAAAGCUCCCGCUUUACGCCUGACAAGAGGAGGCUACAGAAAACAUCCCUAUGAUACUGAAAAACACUGUAGUGUGUUGUCAUCAAAGCACAGAGAAACACUGCAGGGCACAAAGAAGACACAUUCAAGAUGGAAGAUUCCCUUCACACAAUUUCAUCUUCGUCCGAAGAGAAAAUUCUUGGACAGAGACAGAAGCAGACUUCAGGGGAAAAUCCAAUGUGAGACAUGAUGGAAGAUCCACAGGCAUACUUUGUAGGAUGGGCUGAACACCUGGUGGACUAUAAAACUUUCAAGUCUGAUUGUUAUGGGCAUGGACUAUAAAAUAUCCUUUGGCUAUAUAUUUUUUAUUUCUACUAAAAUCUACAGAGUUUGUAUUUGUAGCUUUGAGGACACAGAAUUGUAUUGUUUUCAUAAAACUUCACUUUGGUUGUUCUAAGAUAAAAUAGGGGAAAUUACCAUGGAACAUGUCAACAUUUUCUCAGUAAAUCUAUUUAUUAUGGGGCUAUUGGCAUGAAAUUCACACCUGAUUCUAGAAAAUAAUUCACACAGGUCUAUAGACUAAGUUAUGUCAAAUAAAAUUGAACGACACAGGGUAAGUACUAACAAGAAAAGUAUUUUUAGGCUAACUCCAGUUUGUUUUCCAAAGAUGAUGAACAGUUAGUUCAUUGGUGUAAUGACUUAACUGGAAUAUAAUGUUUGUGAUGAGGAGAAUUUUAUGUGAAUAUUCUCUUUAGAAAUAUAUUCACUGAGAAAGAUAUUGAUGCAUUGAAUGCUUAUUUUACAAAUUAUUAUUGUCCUCUGUUUUUUUUUAUUAUUUUGAAAAUCCUGAUUAUUAAAAUGGUGAGAUGUUUUCAUUUAAUGUCUGCUGUGAUUUCAGACUUGACCGACUGCACCCUGUAUCUUUACCCCAGUUGUUGUAAUAAAUGGUACACUUAGGGCUGCCAACAGGAACAUGUUAGUUCAUUAAGUAAGUCGAGCCCACUGCCAACGUCCUGGCCAAAUGUCACAGCCAGUUUACAACCCUGCUGGUAAAUCCUCCUGCUGCUCCGUACAGCUUCACUUCUAGUCAUUUCCCUGGGUCUUCAUAAUGAAUUAUGCUCUCUGUACCUCUAAAUAUGGCACACGGUAAUUAACGUCAGAGAUUGAUGGAAGCAAUACAAGGUCACUACUGUUCAAAUAAAUGUUCAUAACCGACUUCUUUUUGAGUUCCUGUGUUCAAAUUUAAUUCACAAAACAGCUUUUCAGUCGCCUUGUGAAGCAGGCACAUCAAAACAUGUUUGAUGUGCCUAACUUGCAAUAUGAUCUUCUGCAUCAUAUUUGUUGCAGAAGAUCAUCUAUUUCUUAUUGUUUUGGAUGGAGGGGGAUUUCAUACAUCUACACAAGGUAUCCACCCCUCUCCCUCACUCUGAUAUGUGCUUAAUUCAUUUGCCUCAUGACACACUCCACACAGCCUGUUAGGCAGUAUGGCAUUUAUCUCCCUUGAUAUUACUUGAUCUAAAUCCUAAAAGCACAAAGACACUAAAAGUGGGUCAGGAUUUAGGCAACGUACAUUGCCUCAACACAGUGUGUAGCGUUAACUAACACACUGCAGCUUUCUCCAUCAAGGACAAGUACCUGAGCAAACUCAGCUCUGUUUGGACAGCUGCUCGAUGAGCCAGAAUAGAGAAUGAGGGCUUAUGAUCACCAGAAGUCAAAAAGGGCCUCUUCAGCACCACGGCACUUUUGAUGAAAUGAUGUCUGUGCAGAGUCAUAAGUCUUUGGUGCGUGUGGGUGAUGUUUGUCUCUUAUUUUUCUUUAAAAAAAAACAAAAAAAAAACUGACAUCUAAGUCAGGUGACAGACAAUAAGGAUUUACUGCUUGACUCGCAAUUUUCAGGACGAUAUGAGAGCAAAUGUAGACAGAAUACUGGGUUGCGUUUAAGCUUUGCUUUUGCAAUUGUCUGCUUUUUCAUUUUUGUCCAGAAGCCUCAUUAGAGCUGUUUUACAGAUGUGAUGGGUCCUGACAUACUGAGAUGCUCUGUGCAAAUGGAAAAACUAAGCAACAGAAUUGCACAAAUUAUGCUUUUGACUAAUGAAGGGUUGCAGAGCAAAAUGUCUUCACAUAUGCAGUGCUUGUUAAAUAUCCUGUAAGAAAUAUGCUAUUUGUAACAAGAUUGAAAAUAUUGUUUUAAAAGUGUUCCUAACAAUACCAACAAUUGACUAAAGGAAAAAAUAAGAUAUUAUUUGAAUGUUGAAUGACAUGUAUUUAUUUUGUUGGUGUAGGAGGAAUCAAAUAAAAAAAGAUAGAAAUUCAAAUCAGAACUCUUCAUCCUGCUUGUUAAACAAAGCAAAGGAGUUGACAGCAUGUUGAAGAAUUAUGGAGGUUUUGGAGCACAUCUGUGACCACUACACCAAGACUGCUGCAGCUGAAUUACUGGUGCAAAAGGAGCGCAUGCUGCAGGAUUUCCUCCUAUUAAAGUGGGUGUUUUAUUGAAAUGGACUCAGAGAGUCUUGUUUCAAUUGUAGAAAUGUUUCCUGAUUUAAAAACUUUGGCUGAAGUGAUGCUUAUAAUCCAGUCUCUAGCAGCAGAGCGUGGAGUUUGCCUCCAGAAAAGCAUAAAAAAUUCCCAUUAGAAGUAAUUUGUCUGAGGCAGAGGCAAAGUUCAAAAUAUCAUGACAAUAGCCUCUGUAACAAGUUUGAAACAUUGAUAAUGAAUAAGCAGAUGAGAAAUUCAUCUUCUUGCCAGUCAAAAAAAGAAAAACAACAAAAAUAUCUACUGCAACUACUGGUGCACUCACUUAUUUGAUAUUCCUGUUAAAAAGCUCCUUUUUAUACUGAUUGCUUGUUUUUAAAUAGAGUGUGGCUGCAAAUAUUUUUCUGUCAACAAAAAGUGCUCUUAAAAUUACUUAUCUGCUUUGAGAAAUACUGGAAAGGUCUCUUAUGAUUUAUAGGUUUUAUAGUUUUAUGGUCUCAAACUAUGAUGAAGUUUUCCCUCUAAGGUUUGAAAGUACUCAAUCUUACAUUGUUUUUUAAUGUAUGAGAAAUACGUACACUCCACAUAGGAGUUGUUUGUUAAAUUGCCUGUUUAUUGUCUCCACAUGUACAUGAUAAAGAUAUUGGACUACAUACAGUAUAUUGAUUUUAUAAUUUAGGGUAAUGAGGUACAUGUAAGUUGACAUGGUCUUCUAUGUAGGCUUUUACAUUUUUAUUUUCAUUCUUCUGUACUGAUUUUCUUCUAUACUGUGAAUGCCCUGAAUAUUUUUGUACUUUUUUGUAAUUUAGAACCACAACCUAUUAAAUUUCAAUUCCAGUCAUGCAAACAUGGUUGUCUACUGAAGCUUGUUGCAUAAUAAAUUGUGCAAGGUUAACAUUGUGAA